ACGUCAUCACGGGCGCGACGCCCAAAAGAUCAGUUAGGGGUUCUGGCAAUCCGGAAGGUACGGUGGCGGGACCGGCCGGGAAGAUGCCCGUGGCCGUGAUGGCAGAAAGUGCCUUUAGUUUCAAAAAGCUGCUGGAUCAGUGCGAGAACCAGGAGCUCGAGGCUCCUGGAGGAAUUGCGACACCCCCAGUGUAUGGUCAGCUUCUGGCUUUAUAUCUGCUCCACAAUGACAUGAACAAUGCAAGAUAUCUUUGGAAAAGAAUACCACCUGCUAUAAAAUCUGCAAAUUCUGAACUUGGGGGCAUUUGGUCAGUAGGACAGCGAAUCUGGCAGAGAGAUUUCCCUGGAAUCUAUACGACCAUCAGCGCUCACCAGUGGUCUGAGACGGUCCAGCCAAUCAUGGAAGCGCUCAGAGAUGCGACGAGGAGACGCGCCUUUGCCCUGGUCUCUCAAGCUUAUACCUCAAUUAUCGCGGAUGAUUUUGCAGCUUUUGUGGGGCUCCCUGUGGAAGAUGCUGUGAAAGGUAUAUUAGAACAAGGAUGGCAAGCCGACUCGACCACAAGGAUGGUGAUGCCCAAGAAGCCCGUUGCAGGCGUCCUGGAUGUUUCCUUUAACAGGUUUCUUCCUUUAUCAGAGCCUGCCCCAGUCCCACCAAUCCCCAACGAACAGCAGCUAGCCAGACUGACUGACUAUGUGGCUUUCCUCGAAAACUGACUUAGCGCUCUCAGCCCCAGACCCACCUUCAGAGUCCUGUAUAGCGACAAAUAGAGAAAUGUCAGAUUCUUAUUUUCAAGUCAUUGGAUGGAUGAAGCGCCUCAGCAUUCCUUACUGAGUACACGAUAAAAUACAUAUAUAAUAUAAAGUAUAUUAUAUAUAUUUUGUCCUUAAAGAUCAUGCUGACUAGUUGUUGAAACAAUUCUCAGUUUGUAAUUGACGAUUUGGAUGGAGCCCGUCAGUAUUACGCAGUCAGCUCCUGUUUCCUCGUGACUCGUGAGUGUGCCCUCCUGCUCCGUGCAGCACCGCAGCUGUCAGCUGUCUCUUCUGCCCGGCACAUGGCACCUCCCCCCGUACCACUCAUGGGGGCGCGAGGGGCUGUCCCCAGGGGCAGCAUCUGAACGGCGGGGCAUUCUCACUCACCCGCUUUGGAGGACUCGCUCUCCUCCUCACCUCCCGAAUCACUGAUACAGGACGCUGAAAUACAGCCGAGCAGCAAAAAAGUCAUUUCCUUGGUAAACCAGUUCGUUAACUUCCGACGUUCUCCUGAUGGUGUGAGUACAUCCAUUGCUGGCAGUGGAGGGCUUGCCAUGAAAAUGCAACUUAUUUAAGACGUUCAUGAGGAGCACUGAGUUGUGACGUUUCCUUUCAGAAGAAGGGAGCGGACGUGUGGACUGCAUCGUUCUGGGAAGGAAGCUCCUAAGAUGGCGGUGCAGUGUGUACAGCUGCCCCGCGGCCUGCUCGGUGCCCCUGUGUAUCCCUCGGGCCACGUCCGCCUUCGGAGAGAUACCGAACAAGCCUUUCAUUCGUUGUGUGACAGCCCUUUGAGGAUUUGAGUUGUUUAUUGUAUCUUCAGGUUAAAACAUCCCCUAGUUCAUUUAUUUUGCAUUUGUUCAAUAAAUAUUUAAUUGAAUUCUU